AUGAUGUCCAAAGUUCAGAGCACCAGAAGGUUGACUUCGGUAAGGAACUUUUCUGUUUUGAAUAACAGAGUUCAAAAGUGGAAUGAAAUUCCGUUGGCCCCACCUGAUAAGAUCUUAGGAAUCGCUGAAGCAUUUGUCAAGGACAAUAAUACUAAGAAGAUUAACUUAGGUGUUGGCGCAUACAGAGAUAAUUCAGGAAAACCAAUCAUAUUUCCAUCCGUUAAAAAAGCGGAGAACGUGUUGUUGAAGACAGAGACUCAAAAAGAAUACACUGCAAUAACCGGCAGCAAAAACUUCCAAAGCAUCGUAAAGAAUUUCAUUUUCAACAAUUCUAAUAAGGAUACCAAUGGAGCUAAGCUAAUAGAAGAAGGAAGAAUUGUAACUUCCCAGACCAUAUCUGGAACCGGUUCUUUGAGGGUUAUAGCUGAAUUCUUGAAAAGGUUUUAUUCCAGCAAGAAUAUCAUAGUCCCAAAGCCAACAUGGGCGAAUCACAUUGCGGUAUUCACUGAUGCAGGUAUUCAAUCAGACUUUUACGCUUACUACAAUACCUCUAAAAAUGACUUAGAUUUUGAGAAGUUGAAGGAGUCUUUGAACAAUGCUCUGUCGGAAUCUAUUAUUUUAUUGCAUGCUUGUUGCCAUAAUCCAACAGGUAUGGACUUAACCAGCUCACAGUGGGAAGAAGUUUUGGAGAUUGUUCAAGCUAAAAAAUUAUUUCCUUUAGUUGACAUGGCCUACCAAGGUUUCGCCUCAGGAAACCCUUAUAAAGAUAUAAGUUUGAUUAGAAGAAUGAAUGAGUUGGUAGUACAAGGCAAAAUCCCAACAUAUGCCUUAUGUCAGUCAUUUGCUAAGAAUAUGGGUUUGUACGGCGAGAGAACAGGAUCUCUUUCAAUUAUUACUGAAUCCAAGGAACAAUCCGUUGCUAUUGAAUCUCAGUUGAAGAAGUUGAUUAGACCUAUUUACUCUUCUCCUCCAAUACAUGGGUCAAAGAUUGUGGAAACCAUAUUCGCAGAUGAGAAUUUGUUGAAUGAAUGGUUGUCUGACUUGGAUCACGUAGUUUCAAGAUUGAACACUGUCAGACAAAAGUUGUAUGAAAAAUUAGACAAGUCCAAGUAUAACUGGGACCAUUUGUUAAAACAGAGAGGUAUGUUUGUUUUUACAGGCUUAACUGCUAAACAAGUCAUUGAGUUAAGAGAAAAGUACUCCGUCUAUGCCACUGAAGAUGGUAGGUUUUCUAUUUCUGGAAUCAAUGAUAAUAACGUUGACUACUUAGCUGAUGCGAUCAACCAAGUAAUUAAUAAUUAA